UUUUUCAUUGUUUUCCAAGGCGGAAGCGAGAAGCAGUAGCGAUUAUCGGGAAAUGAAUACUAAUUAAACUUGAAACUUUUAGCGGAGGCGGUCAAAGAUGAGUUCAUAAAAUAAAAGUGAUAAAACAAAAAGUUUUAUUGAAUGUAAUGUAUGUUAAAAUGCGCUGGUUUUGAGAGAACAAUGAACGAUAGCGGUGCUGAAUGUUCCGAGGCCCUUGAUCCCAGAGUACAGAUCGAACUAGAAAGACUGAACACAGCCACAGAUGAGAUUAACCGACUAGAAGUAGAACUCGAUGAGGCUCGUCUUGCAUUCCGCCGCCUCCUAGCCGAAGGCCACCUCCGCAUUCAGCAGUUGACAAAGAAGUUGGGAACCAGUGUACACAAAGCUAGACCAUAUUAUGAAGCCAGGUUUAGGGCUAAUAUUACAUCACAAGAACUUCAAACAGCGACAGUUGCGUAUGACAAAGCCAACAGUGCUCAUGCGGCAGCAAGAGAGAUGGUGUUCCUCGCUGAACAGGGGCUGGCGAGGCUCGCGGAGGGUUCCGAAGGUGGAGUCACCCUCGACCCUGCCUGGCAGGAGAUGCUUAAUCAUGCCACACACAGAGUCAACCAGGCCGAGUCAGACCGAGCGCACGCGACGGUGACGCAGCGAACCAAGGCGGCCGCUCACCGCGCCGCCACCGCACUUGUGCAGCAAUUACAAAAUGGGCUCAAACGACACAUAGCUAAAUCUAGGCCGUAUUUUGAAGAGAAGGCGCGCAUUAAUUCUGCGCUGGAGAAUCAAAAAGCUAGGAUUCAGACCUUGGAGGAGCAGGUAGCCGAAGCAAAGCAGCAAUACUCCUCAGCCCUAAGGAACUUGGAGAGGAUAUCUGAUGAAAUUCAUAAGCAUCGGUCAAGAAGACAGUCUGCUAGGAAUGGAACGCCGAUAGACAUCGACCGGUCCACAAUAACGGACACGGCCAGUGAUACCAACACAACGACAAGUGAUAAACUGGAGGAGCUGUGCGACCACAGCGCGGACGCCAGCGUCCGGGAGUGGCUGCGACGGACGGCGGACGCGAGGCCUCGCUGUCUGACGGACGCAGACACAUGGACCGAGAUAGACUUGGACUACUCCAGUCCGGAGGAAGUUAGUUUCGAAAAGUGUUCGCUACGACCGCGCUCCACACCAGAGAAGUGUUCCCCACCAAGCCCGAUGGAGUCGAAGGUGUCAGCGGCGUCCCCCCGCCGCAUCAUCAGGUCCGUGGAUAGGAACGCGUGCCUCCGCGCCGAGCUGGAGAAGGGCAGGCGACAGAGUCUCGACGCGAUCCUGCACGAUACCGGCGAGAAGGUCAAAGAGAUGUUUCAAGGGCUGUCGCUGUUCGGCGAGCGGCGCGGCUCGUCGUCGGCGCCGCGGUCGCCGCGCCGCGCGUCGCCCGCUCGAUCUUCCGCCGACGACCGCGCCUCCGACACCGACAGCCUCGCCAGCGUGGAGAUGUUAACAGACGACCAGAUAGCAUCACUUAUGCUGGAUGCGCAGCUGGAGGCGGUCUGCGAACGGCUGGCAGGCGUCGCGGUCCGACAGCCGCGCUCCCCGAACUCGCCCGAGGCCAGGUUUUGAACCGUAACCUUAUAUACAUAAGGUGCACUCUCCUUUAUCCUAGUUUGUACUGUUUUAGUAACGAUUAGUAUAGUGGCGAGUAAUUUAGUAAGAGUACUUGAAUAUAUAUGUAAUAUUAUAUUAGUCAAGUAUUUUCGAUACAAAUACAUCAAAAUCAAUCUCACGUAAGUACCUUACUCACCUUGAAGUACUUCACGGUGGAUGAAGUGGCAACAUUUGUCGGAAAUGGCAUAUAGUAUAUGUAUGAUUCAAUCAUAAUCUCUUGAGGAAAGUUUACUUUUUUAUUCGAUUGUAGAAAAGAUGUUUCGAAUCCAUUGUUUUUAAUAUAUUAGUUACGUCAGAAUUAGAAAAAAAAAAAAAAUAGAAAUUUCUUUUUUAUCUGAAAGGAUAUUAAUUAAAAUUGGUUCAAUUGUUUGGUUUUUAAAUCAAAUAACUGGUGUUGCCACGAUUGUAGUCGAUUUUCUUUGUGAAAUAAUAUUUACUUAUAUUUUCAGACACUUAAAUAUUCAAAUUAUUCGCCACUCGAUUAAAUUACAAAAUAUUUUGAAUUAGGCCUUACAUGCGUUGGCAUGUAAGGCCUAAUUCGUUACAUGUGUUGACCAGUUCAUACGUGCAAACGGACGAAUGUGACUCUAUCCUUAAUGGAUAAAUAUUUGAGUUGCUAAUAAUUUAGUAAAAAAAACAUCACUACUCGAUGAAAUCGUCUUAUUUUUUGUGGAGGUUUCUUUAAUUACUAAAUAACUCGCCUUAAUUAAUAAAGCAAUCGGAACUUAGUUUAACAUGUCGAUACACUAGUGAGAUUUAAGAUAUUUAGCUGUUAAACUUAGUGAGUUGGCGAGUAAUUUAAUAAAAAAUAUCGAUUGCCCACUCGAUUAAAUUACUAAAACUGUCGAAACUUGCUGACAAACCAGUGAGAUUUUAGAUGUUUAGUUUCUUUACAACUAAUUAGUCAAUUGGCGAGUAAUUUAGUAGUAAAUACUACUUGACAAUAUAAAUAUUUCCUUAUAUUCAGACACCUUAAUUUCUUAUUAAUAGUAAAUAAAGAUUAAUAAUAAUAAUAGUAAAUAAAGAUUAUUUAUUAUUAAAUUGCCACUCGACUAAAUUACUAAAACUAGAAAAAUAAAAAAAUAUGUUAUUAUCCCUUAAAUAAUUAUCAAGUGAUUAAAAAAUUUCGAAGCAGUCAAAUUUUGAACUUAACUGGGGCUGACGUUCAUACCAAUUAUGCUACCGCUUCACUGGAAACCCUUUCGAAAAAAUUUUUGUUUACUUAACAAUUAUUCAAAUAUGAUUUUUGAAUUUUAAUAAUAUAUUCUAUAUCAAUUCGCAAUAAUACAAUAAAUUGUCGAUGUAUCUAACCAUAAAUAAAAAUGUUUAAAACUCAAAACUAACAUACAGGUGAGAUUCCAGAUUUAGUUGAUUGAUCUAAAACUAUUUUCAUUAAUCAAAUACAUUUAACUCCUUAACCAUUCGCCACUCCUCUAAAUUACUAAAAAAAUUUUACUUAGGUUUUACACUACCGACACUAAUAGCACAAUAUAAAGAACUACUAAUGAAAACUCCUUCCACUGUACUAGUAGUGAAAUAAGUACAGUUAGUAAUUUAGUAAAAUGCUGAAUAAUUAAACAUUUCACAAAAUUACUACGUAUUUAUUUUGUUCAUUUACAUAGUAUAAAUAAACAAAAAAAGCAUGUAGAUACUACUAAAUUACUUGUCGCUUAACUUAAUCGCUAAAUCAGUCUGUAAACACCCUAAUAAGCCACCAGUGAUAUUCUUGAUCUUUAGUUUAUAAAGUACAAUUUUGUUUAUGGUAAAUAGAUAAUGAUAAAUGUCAACCGUAUGUCGUAAAAAAUAAGGUGCAAUAUUUAUUUGUGCGGAUUUAGAGAAAAAUUAUUCUUUUUUUUUCGUGGCUCAAAUUUAAAAUAAUUAUACGUAGGAUCGCUUUUGAUGAUUUUUUUAUGUUAAAACUCUUGAUUUAGCAUAAUAUUAAUAGUCUCAUUAUAGGUACCAAUAAUAAAUAUAUUAUUUAGUAUAUUUGACCAUCUUAAAAAAAAAAUAAUGAAAGAAAAAUUUAACUUGUCUAUUGUUAAUACAUCUUUCCACAUAUAUAAAAUAGAUUACUAUUCUUUUACAGUUUUUUAUUACGUUUCUUAGGGAUUUUGGUUUUACAAUUGUGACUUCACAAUGCUUCAGAUACAAUCAAAGAAUAUAAUUUGAAACAAUUAAAAAUAACAGUCACCCAAGACAUUGACUUACGAGAUCACACAGAUUUAAUCAUAAAUACGCAAAACUUGUCGAGCUCGAUUCUUUUGUAUCCGACUUCAGAAAAGGGAGAGGUUCCCAAUUGUGUUGUUUGUUUGUUUGUUACCUCAUAACUCUGUCAGUUGUUGACUGAUUGAUUGAUAUAACUGUAGAAAUUAUAUCAAAAUAAGUAGAGUAACAUAGUUUUUAUAUAUUAUAAAAAUAAAUGAUUUUGCCAUAACUGAAGUCGCAUUUUUUUUUCGUGGAACGUAAUCUUAAAUUAUAAGUAUUGAAAUGUUUUAUCUCCUUAUUUUGAACUAAAUUCAUAAUUAGGAAGAACGUAAAAAAACAUUGUAGUCGAAAAAGGGUCGUAGAUUUGUUUUUAUGAAUAAGCCUUACCGGCUUAUGCUAGCUUAGCUAUGUGUACUUUUGUUAUAUACAUUUUUUUCCUUUCGUCCAAAUCCAUCUUUAUAAUUUCUUCUCAUAAUAUCUACAUAACAAUAGUGCAAAUACUAUACGUAUUGAUAAAAUGUAUAAAUGUAAUGUAAAUUUAAUAUUUCUAGACGGAAAUUCUCUACAAAUGCAUUACCAAAAUCAGUCCCAACUAUAUUUAUUUUUAUUUAUAUAUUAUAAACCAUAUUUAAAUACACUCAUUAAUACUUAAUAGAUUUAUCAGUUCAUUCUCGGAUUGAAGUAAUACCAAAAUAUUAAAAUUUACUGGCAAUACUGAAAAUGGCGCGCUUUUUUUUUUACAUUUCAGCUUAUAAUUGUUGGAACGUUUUUCGCACUCGACUAUCUUGUAUUCUAUUCUAUCUAAGUGUAUAGCAUCUAAUUAUAAUGAAACCUAUGUAUAAGUAUGCAAUAUUGAACACUAUUACAAGGGAUUGUAGGUACAAUUUAGACUGUGAAGAAACAAUGAUAUUUUUGUCCAAGUAAAAGGAUAUGACGGUACGAUAUAAGGUUACGUCACAGGUCGCAAGUUCGAUUCUCGUGACGUGUUAAUUGUAUGCAAUAUAUUUUUUAGUACAAUCAUCAAUAUUUAAAAUACAUUCCAUUAUUAUAAUAAUAUAUACAUAUUUCUAAUCCUAAAAACAUUAAAAAUUCCAAGGUUUUGACUUUGAUUCGAUCUUGAUAUCUCGCAGUCAAGUAACUAAAGUACUAAUUAGUAAUAGUCAUUUAGUAUAAAUAAUUCCUAAGCCUGUCACCAUAUAAUACUACGCAAUAUUUUUCCACUAAAAAAUGUAAUAAAUAUUAUACAUAUCAUAAUAGUUAUAAAAAAAAAUCAUAAAGAAACAUAAUAUUCAAUUCCUUUACUCAUAUUUGUCAAACAAUUGGUAACAGAUUUUUAAAACAUGGGAUCUUUUUAUAUAUGGGUUCCCCGAUUAACCCUAUUGAAUCCUUCACGCCCGUAUGACGAGUUUCUUGUUAAAAUAGUACAUUACUGCAGCGGCCAGCAACUGAGGCAUUGAUGGACGAACGUGCAAAUGUGGGCCGAGGUGUAGCCGAGCCACACAUACGUGAGUACGUAAUUUAUCUGGCCGCAAAACACGACAGAUAUGGAUAUUUAUACAACUUUUGCCGGCCGCUGCCCGCAUGUAUCUGGCCAGUACGGCAAUUUUGAUUUAUCUCGAAGAAGAUUGUCAAAAUAAUGCUCACAUUUUCAAGCAUUUUGAGAAAAUUAAUAUUUAUAAGUAUUGAAAUAUAAAAUUAAUAACUGUUUCAGUUACAAGUUAUAAAUUAUGUCAUACAUAUUACAUUGUAACGAGGGAAGGAAUAGCUUUCUUUAUACACAGAUAAUAAAAUGGAAUUCUGUUCUAUUUACUCGAAUGUCAUUAAUAAUCUAUGGAAUUUCGAACAAUUCGUUACACUUUUCAAUCAUGCAUUUGUCCUUCUCACACCUCGCGUUCCAAUCCACGCAAAUAACAUUUUAUAAUAUUACAUAAUAUUUAUGGCGAUAUCGAAAAUUUUUCUUGCCAUGUCACUUGCCUAUUUUUUUUUAUUAUGAAAUUAUUUAUUUAUUAUUUGUAUUUAAAAUAUGAAACGCUUAUGAAAUGUAAAUAAAAACAUAAUAAUAUUCAAACUAAUAAUUUAGUGCUUAAAUCUUUAAAUAUUUAUUAUAGCUACAGAUAUACAUAUAUUGUACUUGUAGUUACUCAUAUGUACAUAGUAAAUAGUUAUAUUAAUUAUAUAUAAUGAGAUAGCGGGUUUGUUUGUUCACCCGUGUAUAUACAUAUAAUAGGUAUAUACCUAUAUAUAUUUAUAACAGAACAAUAUACAAUCAUUUAGUGAUAAUAUAUGAUUGGUUUAAGUAUCAUUCAAUUAAACUCUAAAUACUGUCUUAUAACGGAAUGGUAACUCCGCCUGCGCUAUCAGUAUACAGAUACAUAUAUACCAGUGAGGAAUGAGAGAUGAUGAAGCAGGUCAGUAAGCCAUCGUGACAAAUUUAACAAUAAAUCAAUCACUUUAGUUUCCAAGGGAAGUUGCAAGGAGGUCGACCUGAUAGGUGUAUUUUGCUAGCAAUGAAAUAAGCUAAUCCCCAUUACCAACCCAAACCCUUCUCCCUCAGGGGGGAAAAGGAUUGUUAGCAAUGGAGUUUGACAGCCCCAUUGCUAGCAAUAUACCUUGUUAGGUCGACCUCCACGUGGUUCCCCCUGGAAACCAUCGUGAACAAUUCUUGUUGAAUUCGUCACGAUGGGCUAACUGACCUACUUCAUCCUCACCUAUCAUCCUUCACUGGUGCCCCGCCGGUGUAUACCGAUAGCGCGGGUGGGGUUACCAUUCCAUUAUCAUCCAUUUAAAAAAAAAACCGUUCUCCCCCCUCUAAAUACCUAAUAAUAAUAGUAAUUAUUGAUUUAAACAUUCAAUUAAUAUGAACAUACUCUUGUCAACCUUUAUUAUUUUUCAUUAUAACGUAGGGAAAUAAUUAUAAUAAGUGCCACACAAUCGUCUGAUCUUCAAGCUAAAACACCCUGUGUUAUAGAGGAACCAGGCAACAUACAUCUUUACAUGUACACAUGUAUGUGGCCACGAACCCGGAACGCCAGACCGGACACUAUUCAGAAAAAUUCGUUUCCCAAAUUUUCCCUUACCGGGAAUCGAACCCGGGACCUCAUAACGCAAGGCAGUGUAUCUGCCGCUGGGCCACGGUCGCCAUUAGGUAACAAACUGAAUCUAGCGAUAGUAUUUUGAAAUAUCAAUUUACGACAAAGUGCAUCACUAGCGUAUUUAAAAUUAUUUUCUAGAGAGAGCCUAGAGCCUAGCCUCUCUUAAAAAAGGGAACCAAAUAAUUCUAGAAUGACCAUGGCCCACCAGCCCCCCCCCCCCCCCUAGCCCUUAAAUACGCCUAUGAAGUGCAUAAAUCAAUUGUGAUUCCCUCUAAACCGACAUAAAUUACUUAACGACUUUUUUUUUUCACGAAGGGGUUGUACUAUGUAUGGUUUGCGUAUAGGAUCCUAUUAGCAAUUAUUCUCAAAUCAUACAAUAAUGGUGAAGUCGUAAGAUAUGUAGUUUGUUUUAUUUAUAAUAAAAUAUUGUAAUUUAUUAUUAAUAAAUUAAUAAAAUGCCUUAGAUUAGUAGAAAAAUCAAUUAUAUGCAAUAAGAGAAAUGAUAAUAAUGUAAACAUUAGCUAGGUGUGUGUUUAAAUUAAUUGAGAAAUUGCCUAAAACUAUUAAAUUUGUUAAUUUUCGUAAGUUUAUCAAAUACAUGUGACGAAUAUUGGCAGUGAUUAUGGUAAGUAAAUACUCGGGUUUUUAUGUGUUUUCGAUAUUUUAAAUUUUCCAUUAGAUUCGUUUUUUACGGUCAAUUAACUAAGAGUAAACUCAGUUAAACUUGUUUAAUAAUAAUCAUCAAGUAAUACACUCUGAAAUGCAUUUUGUUGCCAAUAAAUUUGAUCUUUAAAGACUUCUCCUUUAGUAAGCGAGAUAGUAGAUCACUUUUGUUUAGCAUCUCCAUCAGAGUGUCUCCAUAGAUAAACGGGUCAACUUUUUCAUACAAUUUUGCGUAAUAAAUAGUUAUGUUUUCUUUUUAACUUCUAUAUUUAUUUUGUCUUAUAAAUUCUGCAGCUUUUUUAAUGCGUAAACACUCAUUAAAUAAUACGUUAGGAUACAUUUUACGCGUAAGUAUGUAGAAUACUGAUAAAAAACAAGACAAUUAGCUGACAAAAAGUUGGCUCGUUUUUGAGGCUUGAUGCUCUAUCUAUAUAAUCUAAGGCUAUACGAUGUAGUAUCCGAAAGAAAUAUAUUUCAUACUCAAAUUUAUUGGCUUCAUUUUCGUGUCUUGUUUUAAAUUACUUGCCUUAGAUUGUGAGAAAAUUAUUAAGUAAAUAUUAUACUUAUUUACUGUAUGCAAUCAUUUUUUUAAUGUCAAAAUUGAAUUAAUUUAAUGUUUUAUAUGUUAUAUUUUUUAUUAUUACUCAGUAUUAUUAAAUUAAUUUUGUACUAUUUAGAUCGUUAGUUUUGUAGUCGGCGCCAUGUUUGUAUUGAGUACAAUUUCCCGCCAUUUUUAUUUAUAUUUUUUUUUAUUAAGUAUAUAUUGAAAAAAAAAGUUUAGACAUAGUUAGUGUCUAUGGUGAUGAUUUAUACUCACUUUUUAUAACUUUUAUUAUUUUUAUAUGUUUAUAGCUAUGUUUUAAUAGAAUUAUAUUUCAUGAGUACAUUAAUUUAUUUUAGCUCAGUCUUCCAUGGUGUUUUAAAUUAUUUUAUAACUGUUACACAGUAUCACUGUUUUAUCAAAAUAUAUUAUAAUUAUAAUAAAUAAAACUGUAUUGUAAUCAUGUAAAAAUUAAGUGGAUUAGCUAUUUUUUUUUCUAUUAAGCCUGACCAGACUGGACGUAAAUUAUUUAAGUUUAGUCUAGUAAGUAUAUUUUUUAUAUACUUUGAUUUCAAUUUUUCAUGACAAAAUUUGUCAGUUUAUAAUAAACUAAAAAAUGAAACCCGAUUUGAUUAAUUGUCUUUAUUUUUAUUUGUCAAAAUUAGUGAAAUAUUUAUUUCAAAUUUAAAACUCCUAGUUAUAAAAUGUGUGAUAUUUUAAAAAUAGGUUAGUCCGACUAUAGAUAUAUGAUCAGGACUUUUUUUUACAACCAACCAUGAGCAAUAGAAUUGACAAUAUAUCUAUAUGUUUAUGCUAGGACUCCCACGGAGUGAACAGGAAUGACAAAUUUUAGUAAUAACUUGUCUAAGUUGUAAAUGCAUUUAUUAAUUAUUUUUAUGAGCGUCUCGGUCAGGCAUUUAGUGUAAGUUAUUGAAUACUCAACCAAAAUAAUAGUAUAGACGGAAUAUUCAAACUUUACAGAUUAUUUUGAAAGGUGAGUUAAGAUGUGUUGCCAUUUUUAUAUUUUUUUUUUUCAUAAAUAUGGUAAAUAAACGGUCUUAUUGGCGUCAUCUUAUAAAUAAAAAUCAAGUGCGGAAUGGAUGUAACCGUAUCACUUUUGAACGACUACAUCUAUUUGGCAAUUGCUUUUUUGUUGUUUGGAAUUGACAGAAGAAGGUUUGAUAUAAAAAAUAAUAUCUAUUAAAAAUUGUACGUUAAAACCCUGUACGAAGCCAGUGCGGGCAGCUAGUUUAAUACAAUUAUGCCAAUAAGAUAAAAUGAUAGUUUAUAAAAUUUAAGAUUGAAUUUAAAUGGUUUCUUAUUUGAUUUCUGGCAACACCUAUGUUUUAUCAGUAAAAAUCUAAAAAAUAUUUCGAUAAGCGAUGACUCGUUUUUGUGUGUAUUUGAAUGAAUUUAUUAUAUUUCAUUUGAUUAUGCAUAAGUUUGCAGCUUCACUAGUGCAGUGCUCAGAGAUCCGUCUAUACUUUGUUCUUGGUCCGAGUUUUAACUAGAUAUUAUAUAGGAAACGCUUUCUGUCAGUAAAUUACGCUUAUCAUCGCACAACGUGUGGUUUUGUAUAACGAUGAUGCCAACUAGUGUCACAAAUAUAAAGUUAUUAUCAAAUGUGUGUGUGUGUAUAUAUAUAUAUAUAUAUAUAUAUAUAUAUAUAUAUAUAUAUAUAUAUAUAUAUAUAUAUAUAUAUAUAUAUAUAUAUAUAUAUAUAUAUACCAUAUAUUAUAUAACUAUUGUUGUAGACGUGUUACAGUAACAAUGAAGAGAGGUCAUAUCUAAAUAAAACUGUAAAAAAGAAUAAGCUGUUAUUUAAAAAAAAAAAAAAACAAUAUUGCUGAAUGUUUAUUUAAAACGUACUCUGACAACAAACCAAAAUGUGAAUCUUGCAAUAAGUUUCUAAUAACCGAUAAUUUUAAUUUUGAUGAAAAAAUUAAGGUAUUAAAGAUUCAAACAGUUAUAAAGAAUAAUUUAUUGGUAUUAUAUGUUGAUAAUUUAUUAUUACGAUAUAGUUCAUAGUUCUCAUACUACUCUCGUAAAACGAAAUAAAUUAAUUUUUACAGUUUCGGAGUAGUUGCAAUGUACUAUUGUAUUUUGUUUCAUUAUUUUUUCUAUCAAUCCUUAUAAAAAUAUAUUAUAAUUAAUAAUUUUAACAAAGAAUGAUUAUUUCGAAACUAUAAAAAUUUAAUUAUUUAGUUUUCUUCCUAAAUCGAUGAAUGAAUGUGUGAUAUUAAUUUGCUUUUUCAAACCGUCGCCGAAAGUUGCUGAACUGUCGUCUUACUUGAUAAAUGUUCAGCGUCUUGUCUUUGAAUGUCAUGAAAUUUAUAUUGUCACAACAUAAUAGUAUUAUGUAAAAAUUGUUUAAGUAAUUUAGGAUAAUUUGUAAAAUUUUUCAAUUCUCAGAUAAUAAAUUAAAACCUUUAUAACAUAAAAUUGAAUUUGUAACAUUUUAAAUGUUACAAUUUGCAAGAGGAAAACUUUUCUGCGAAGGUGGCGCCACCAUGUUACAACGUAAACAACCACAAUGUUAUUGAAAGUUAAUGGACAGAGUAAUUAAAAAAAAAAUCUAUAAUGGCGGGAAAUUAAAGUUUUUAAACUUUUUUUCCCGUAUAGGUGCAAAGAAAAAAAUUGUUUUGAACACUGUGUCGCCCCCAUCGUAAUAAAUUUACUGUAAGCUUCCUUAUUAAUAUGUCUAAUUGUAGAUAACAUAUCUAUGUUUAUUUUACAUUUAAAAUUUUACAAUGUUCAUUACAUUUCACCCCCUUGCUUGGUAAAGAGUGUGGCCAUAUUGAAUGGUCUACAAUUUAUAGCUAAUAAUAUUCUAAUUACUUGUUAAAUUUUUGGACACGAAAUGCUGUAUUAAUCUUAUCUGAAAAUUGGGAAAUCGUUCCUUAGCGUAAUAAAGCUUUUGUUAAUAGUCGAGUUUUUAUAUUUUUGACAUUAUAAAAAAUAUUAAUUCUCGCAAGAAAUUAAUUCGAAAUUUGAUGAAUACCAAAAUCAAGUUAACCUCAAGAACAUUAGUUAGUGUUACUACAAUAUACAAAAAAAAAUGGGAAUAACCAGUUAAAACUAAAAUUGUCACAUGUAUGUACUAACAUUUGGUAAUUUUAGAAUUUAAUAGUUAAUUAAUAAACUGAGAGUUAGUUAGCACUUUCCAUCAACAGUUUUGUCAUUUUAAAUGAAAUAAAAACUCGACUAUUAAAUAAAGUAGCUAACGGCAGUGAUAGUUUUCGAGGCAGCUUUAAAUCGAUAUUGUUUUCGCUGUUGUGAUAUUACUCUGUACAAAUUAAGCCAUGCGUCAUGUAAUUAGAUAGUGGUAUUGUAAAUAAACUAUGUGUUGACAUAAUUGCCUUCAAAAGAAUAAUAAAUAUAUAUAAGUA